AAUUUAUGGAUCAGUGUUUAAUUUGUGGUUGGGUUUUUGGCUGAGCGAUAUGGCGUAGAAAGUGUUAAAUUUAUUUUUACAUUUUGUAUAUAAUUGUUUUACUUUAAACGCUAAUCUAUAACAGAUUUAAGCUUUAUAUCUAGUUAUUAAGUGUUAUACAACGUGCGAUUGUUAGUGGUGACUACUCGUGAAAAGUAAUCUGCUCUUUGUUGUUUUCAACAUAUGUUGAAAAUCUACGUUGUUUUUGUGCUCUUCACGAAAGUUCACAAAAAGAAAUGAAUCUUACACAUCUUUUUGAGUCCACUGAGAUCAGCUCUAAGGAAGCUAGAAGUCAUUCAGCUCAAGGUAUUGCGACAACCAAUGGUAGUCCAACAAUGAAAAUACCAUUGCCACCUCGUUUGUGGAUUACAGAUAUAGAAGACGAUUCGUCUGAUGAUAUGAGUGGUGUGAAGGAAGAUGGAGUGUUGACUACAGAAAGAACUCGUGUUAGAUCUCGCUACAGACACAAGCAAAGAUCUGUAGUCAACAUCCCUAUUGGUAUAUUCUGGGAUAUUGAAAACUGCCAGGUCCCACGUGGGUGCUCUGCAAUAGAUGUUGUGUCUGCAAUUAGAAGUAAAUUCUUGGUUGGGCGAAGGGAAGCUGAUUUUGUAGUCGUUUGUGAUGUCCGAAAGGAAUCUUCUUAUAGGCUUCAAGAACUGAAUGAUGCACAAGUUAGCCUAAUCCAUGUGUGUUGCACACAAAAGAAUGCAGCAGACGAGAAGCUGAGACAAUGUAUGAGACGAUUUGGAGAAUUGCAUUCGGCCCCUGCGGCCCUGUUGCUUAUCUCAGGGGAUAUUAAUUUUGCAGCUGAUUUAAGCGACUUUAGACAUAGGAAAAACAUGGAAGUGAUAUUGGUGCAUAAGCAGAACACGUCGACGGCCUUAAUAUCGUGUGCCUCCUCCCAUUAUUGUUAUAAUGAAUUGACCUUAAAUCUUCCUAGAAACCCAAAGAUUCAGUCCUUAAGCCAAUCGGAGGAGGAAGAGCCAGUUUCAUGCGAGAUUGAAGUAGGAAACUUGCCUGUGGAUCUACCUCCUGAAAGGGUGUCUAGGAGGCUACGGAGGUUGGCCGACAACUGUGGAGGAAAGGUGCUCCGGGUGACCGCGAAAACUGCUUUAUUGAAGUUCCCCACGCUUGACCAUUCUAUGAGAGCACUGAAGCGUAUGGAUGGAGAAGACGUAUUCGGUCGUAAGAUAACUACGCGUUACGCCCACAGCGUGUUCCAACCGGUGUACUCCAGUGACGAGGGUUACAGCACCGCGCCGCCGUCACACCCGUUACCCAGGGCGGUGCCCGGUCCACCGCCAUGCCCAUCACCACGGGAGGUCCCACGCCCCCAAAGCAUCCCCAACGAGUGGUCGCUGGCGCUGCAGCAGUUGCCGGGGCACCCGCCGCCCUCCGACUGCCAGCCGCACAAGCCCAGGAAGAUCCGCGGCACGCACGGUUCAGUGAACCUGGACCGUUCGGGUUGUUCGUCGAGCAACAGCGGCGACGACAGCCGGCGGGAGACCAGCCAGUCGCGAGCGGUGUCCCCCUGGAACUGCUCCAGCGUGAGCGAGCAGAGCGAGGACAGCGACUCCACUGCCGAGCUCAGUGUGUCCAACCUGCCGCCGUACGAGCCCCACGUCUUACAGGAAAUGCUGACGAUCCUUUUCAGCCAGUACGUGCCGGUCGUCCGCGUGUCCAUCUGGGCGGCCGGGGAGGGCCCGCAAGCCUCCGUAGUGUUGCGGUCGGAGUGGGACGCCAGACUCGCCAUCGCGCGCGUGCACAAGCGACGCCUCGACAACCAGUGGACCGGCCGCCGCCUCGAGCUGGCCCUCGGCAGGCCCUCCCCCGCCCCCAACCUAGACGUGCUCAGGGCCAGGCUCCGCGCCAUCCUCCUCGACCAAAACAACUUCUCCCUCCCCCUUCUCCGCCUUAGAGACGCCUACGCCAGCAGACACUGCUGCGCGCUUACCACCUCGGACAUCGCCAAAGUCAAAGAUACUGUGAUAAUCCACGAAGGGUUCGGACGAAUGGUCCAAUUAGUCGAUUUAAGCCCCGUGUCGAGUGCGGAGAUGGAAGCGGCGCCUUGGAAAUGCCAUAUCCACGCGUCUCUGAGCACGGGACAUGAAGACGGCAGCAGGAUUCUGCAGCCCGUAUACAUGGAGAUAGCCGCUUUGGCCAAGAACAUGCAUGUGCUGUUGGAGAAACAUGGAGGGGUGUUGCCCUUGUUAACGUUGGUGGAGUGCUACGAAGCGACAUUCCCGCCAUUCGCGAUCGAUCCCCAGCGGGGCGUGGCCCUAGAACUGUUGCUGCGCAGCAUCCCCACGCUGGAGGUCAAGGAUAGCCCUUCCAGACAUCUCACUUGGCAGACUGACAGCACACCGCCGCAUAACAACGAUUGUUCGCGGUUAAGCGGCGAACGCGAGAGGCCUCGCACGGCGCCGGCGUUGGAGCCAAUGUUGGCCUUGUUCGAGCGAGAGCUCACCGAUCUACUGAAAACUGCAUCUCGCUGCACUAUCGCUUUCAGCAAACUGAUCCCAGCAUUCCAUCACCACUUCGGCCGCCAGUGCCGAGUGGCUGAUUAUGGAUUCACCAAACUGCCAGAUUUACUCGCCGCUCUAAGCAAUACGAUUGUUGUGCUCGGUUCAGGCUCGUCCCGAGUGAUAACGAUAUCAGCGGCCGCUCAAAGCCGGCGAUGGACAUCGGACCUCGUGAAGCUACUCAAAGCGGCGCCGAAUCGCUCAGUCUCACCCCGCGACAUUCCGGACUUGUACCAAAUCACAUUCGAAAAACCGUUCAAUCCAGUAGACUACGGUGUUUGCACGUUAGCGGAAUUGGUGCAAAGAGUGACCCCGCAGUCUGUGAUCGUCGAUGUCGACGGCACGCUGUCGCUGCCUCGCAGGACUCCUACUCCAGAAGAAAGGGGUCGCACCGUCCAGUUUGCUAUGGAGGCCGUAGAAUUGCUCUGCUACACACCAAACCUGCGUAUGGAAUUCUCCCGCUUCGUGCCCGCGUACCACGCUCAUUUCGGCCGGCAACUUCGUGUAGCUCACUACGGCUGUGUCAAAUUAGUGGAGCUCUUCGAAUUGAUACCGGAAGCUGUGUCGAUAUACACGGAGGCCAGCGGGGAAAGAAGCGUGCGGUUGGCUGUGAAAGCGGCGAAGGCUGUUAUGGCGCAGCGGUUUAGGGCCAUCACCCCGGUUACCUUGGCUGAUCUGCCGCAACAGUACGCGACGCAUUUUGGUGCUCCACCGUUGCCGGACGUCCUGGACGUGUCGUCAGUGGAGCAGCUGGUGUACGCGGCGGGCGGCUGCGUGGACCGCGGCGUGGCGCUGAGCGCGGGCGCGGCUCCGCGCUGGGCCAGCGCCGCGCUCGCCGCCGCCGCCGCGCUCGCCGCCGACCGCAGCGUCGCCAGGGGUUCAACGGAAGAGUACUUCACGUCUGCGUUCCGACGCAUGCGCACAGUGGAGCCGGCGGUCAGCGCCCUCGCCGCGGCGGGCGUGGUGGAGCUGUGCGAGCGCCGCAUCCGGCUGACGCCCGCGUGGCGCACGGUGUGGAGACUCGCGCAGAUAUUGGCCGAGCGCGCCGAACCGAUGCUCGCUGACGAUGUGCUCGCCGAAUACACGAAGAGGUUCGAGCCCGUGUUCCCUAGCGCUGAACUGGGUUUCGGCGGUGUAGUGGAGUUCCUACGUCAAUACCCAGAGGUGUUCACGAGCGCGGGCGCGGCGUGGUCGCUGGCGGCGGGCGUGGCCGUGCGCUGUCCGCGUCCGCCCGCGCACGAGGACUACUCCGUGCACGACACCCCGCCCGGACAGAAGGGUUCCCGCGUGUUCGAAUCGCCAAAAGUGAACAUAUGGUGCUCCCCGCCGGCCAGCGCGUUGCCGGCGCCCACUGCCUUGCUUACGCAUGAAAGACGUCGGACGCGGCUGGCAGCGCAUUUCGACGUAUCAUAAUUAUGCGAUUCCCAACUCAAAGCUACUUAAGAUGCAUUCCCAUCCAACAUGAGUGAGUGAAGUCUGCAUGUGUUCCAGUUAUCCCGAGCGCAGGUCUUUACCCAGGGUCAACGAAUUUUAUCUACUAGACUAAUAAAGUGUCCUAAAUAUUGUGAUGUCUAUAACAAUAAUGUUUUAGAUCGCGUAUAUUUUUGUGUGUUUAUUUAGAUUAAGAAAUUCACCGCAUUCGUAAAAUGUUAUUAUAAUAUUGUUUACCAAGUAGGAUGUUGAAAUCGAGCGACAUCUACUACUCGACCGCAACUAGGUCAUUUUGAGAUCCCGCUUGUAAGCGAUGGCCGACGUAAUCAAAAUGUGAAAGAAAACUACAAUAAUCUUACAGUAAUCUUGCUAUAGAGCUUAGCUUUAGCUUGCAACAGACUUUAGUUGCGGCGGAGUAUGUGACUAAUUUUUAGUGAUUUUUCCCGCCAUUUUAGAACUGGACCCGUUCAUUAUAAUUACAUAUUUUAUUCUACUUGACAACAAUUUAAAUGUUCUACUAUAGUUAUUAAACUUAUUUCCUAGAUCUUAGUCUUUGCUAUUUGUUUUAUCUAAAGAGUUGAUGGUUUUUUUUUUUAUAAAAUCUAAUCAUUUUUUUAUUUUAUUCUUUGACAUUUAUUGUAAUUUAGGUUUAAAUAUGUAAAUUAGGACUGAAAAAACCUAUGUUAUAGCUCCAUUGAUGAUUAUAUUUUUGUCUUAUCAUUUUUGGAAUUUGUAACAAAAAUGUACAUAUCAUUUUACGGUUCGAGGCUCAAACUUAUGUUAAGAAUAGUCGAUAAGUUUUGUAAGUAACAAUAAUCACAAUGCUACCAAGCACUAAUAACAUUUUUCGAAUGCCCAAAAGUACAAUAAAUCAUACGAUGUGUUAAUUUUUGUCUAAAAUUUAUUUUUAAUAUGAUGAUCUCGAUUGAUUUACAUGUGCAUGUGUUUUGGCUUACCUAUUUUAAGAUAUAUUAGCUGUUGUUAAUAUACAUAAGUAUUACUUCUCAAUCCUAGUAAUAUCAAUUUCGAAUUUAUUUAAUGUACUUUUAGAUAAAGUUUACAUUUGAAUGAAUGAAUCUUAAAUUGUCUUUUGUGGAGUGUAGUAAGCUCAGUAUUUUAACAGUGUUGUAAACUGGCCUUAAUGAAUAUCACCUCACAAUUAAGUCAAUUAAAGUCGUUCCAAUCUUUUAUAAAUAUAUUGCCUGUAGAAAUAGAUCAGUGCUUUUAUGGAAUAUGCUUGUGUCUAUUGCAAUAUAGUUGCUUUUUUACAAGUUUCAAUAAUUCUGUUGUUCCACAUUGAUAUAUUAGCGAAGUGAAAGUGAUGUAUAACCUGUAUUUGAUACUUUUUGGAGUCUAUAUUUCGAUCGCAAUUUAUUCUGCUCUGUGUGCUUGACACAGAAGUAAUAAUGUAUUUUACAUUGAAAUGUUUAUGUGCGUAACAAAUUAUGAUUGUAUGUAACUGAAUUUUCUGAUAGAACAAAUAGCGAUUGAAUGUAAUUGAAUAAAAGAUAAUAAAAAAAUAAAUAAUAUAAGAUAACAAAAUUCAACUAAUGUAUCUACAUAUUUUAUUAAUCAUAUAUUAAAUUAAAGCAUGACAAUGGUAGUCUGACAUUUGUUCAAAAAGACUGUCGAGUUAUGUUACAUGUUAUUUUCUUAUAUUUAGUGAUGUUUUAUAUUAACGACUUGGCUAUAAGAAGGGCAACUGCUUUAUAUCAAUGUAUAAAUAUAAUUGUUAAAUACAUAAAUAUUUUUUAUUGUUUAUAUUAGAUGUGUACAUAAUGUUUGCAUUUCCAGUGCUCCAUUUACAUCAAAAACGUCUAGGCAUAUUGAUCCUGUGAUACUCUUGUACCAAUGAAUGCCAUUCUAAAAAAUAUAUUGCUUUUUACAUAACUACUAAGUAAUCUGAAAUAUUAAAUAAAUCACCUUUAUUUAUGUAUAUAUUGUACAUAAUUUAGUCUAUGUAUAUUUGUGUGCAGAACAAAAUGUAAAUAAUAAUAGGCUUUCCUGACGUAAAGAUCGACCAUUUUUGCUAUCAAUGUGGAACACCGAUUAAUUUUUGUAAAAUUAUAAUAUUUUUAUACUAUAAUAAACGUAAGCAGGACCUUAUGUAUUAUUUGGUCGUAUAUCUUUUUCUCAGGAUUAUUAUUAUUUUUUUAAUUUAAGCACUGCCAGUACGCAUUUGUUAAAAAUAGAAUAAUCGCAUCGGACCAAUGUCGGAAACGAAAGAGAACUGCGAUUAUCUUUUCCGAAAGGCAUUUUAAUUUUCCCUUAGAUUUCUUAAAAUUAUUUGUGUACGAAUAGUUUAUAUGAGAAAGUUGCCUUGUCUUUCUGAAUCAAGAUUGAGAUUUUAAAAAUGUGAUUUUAUUUCUUAUGACCAGUAAAGUACAUACAGUUCUUUAAAAUCAGUACUACUCCACUUUGAAGUGUUAGUGAAACUUUAAUCUAUUGAAGACUGUAGUAAAUUUAUGUAGUUCAUAAUCUAUCCUGUUUUAUUUUAUGUGACCAAUAACAAGUUCUGGAUUUUAUAAUAAGAUAGUUUUAAGUAUUUCAAAUACAGUAAGAGAUGUUGGUAUUAUUUUAUUGUACAUCUUAGUAAUUCUGUGAUCAUUGAUUUCUUGUUGUAGUUCCAACUUUUAUAGUAAACAGUGUAUGUGUGUUUGAGAAGUCUUGUCAGUAUUGCAUGAACAAAAUUUAAUGUUGGAAUAAAUGUUAUUUUUUUUAA